AUGAUAAAUUUAAUCUACUUGCUAUUUCCCUCCUUGGCAUUGAUGGUCAUUGCUUCUCAUCCGGAGGAAUCCUAUAGUGAUAUUACCUAUGAAGGUGAUUCAGAGUCCACUCCAGUCAUGCUUGGAGAUUGUACACCAUUUGAAAAAGAUGGUCAUCAUGCUAAUUCUAUCGACUUCCAUGAAUCUGUCCGUUGCCAUAUUUACAGUGAUACCAACUGCGAAGAAUUGGAUGCUACUUUCGAAAUUUUAUCCAAUGGAAAACAGGAUCUUCAAAAUAUUUUGAAAAAUUCUGGCUCAUUCAGUUGUGAUGAACUAUAG